AUGGACAUCUUCUUUGAACCCCAAAAAGGCCUACCAUUCACCAUUGAAGUGGGUUACUUUGACACUGUCCUAGAGAUCAAAGAAAAGGUUCAACAAUACCAAGGCAUACCCGUAAACAAGCAAACUCUAGUUUUUAAUGGUCAAGUUCUUGAGGAUGAUCGUGAUAUAGAAUAUUGUGAAGUCCUCCACAACUCUCACAUUCAGCUCCUCAUAGUUUCAGACAAUGAUAAUCAGCCUCAAGUCAAGAUCGAAGACUCAUCACCUUCCAACAAAAUUCAACUCAGCAUCAAGACACCAUCCUCUAAGGUGCUUGUCCCUCUACAAAUGGAUUUGGAUGAUACCAUCUUACAAUUGAAAGAAAAUAUACAUGAAAUGGAGCCUGUUCCAAUCCAGAGGCUAAUGCUUCAAUUCAAUGGUGGAGAAUUGCAGGAUAAUCGCUCUUUACGUGAGAGUGAACUGGUGGAUAAGAUUGAAAUUAACGUCAACAUAAGGCCCUCACCCACUAAUUCAGGCACAGGGUCUACUGGUAUUGCCACUACUGGCACCAAGAAGCUGAAGUUGAUGGUGCUGCCCAAGUGCGGAACUAAGAAGAUACCAAUUGAAGUGAACGCAUCAGACAAUGUUGGGGAGCUGAGAAAAGAGCUGCAGAAGUUAAAUCAGAGGCUGCAUUUUCAUCUUCCACCAGAAGGAUACAUUUUCAUAUACAAACAGAACGUGAUGGACGAUGAUAGGUCAUUUAAGUGGCAUCAUGUCUACCAAGGUGAUACAAUUGAGAUCUUCAAUGGAAGUGUCACCGGAGGAUCCUAA